GUGUGUCCAGCGAGCGCUGUGAUUGGCUGCCGGGCUGGGAGGCUGGGUUUAGCUGUCUGGGUCCUAGCGCCGGCCGGUCACAGCGCAGACAGCAGCAGGGAUGGCAGCUACAAGAGGUCCUUUAAAUCAUGAACUAUCCAAACUGUUCAAUCAGCUAUGGGACGCAGACGUGAACCGCAUGACGCCAGGUAAAGAUUACCGGAUCUCGCUACAGGGGAAAGCCGGCUACGUGCCAACUGGAACCCACGUGGCGAGAGACAGCGCGUCCUAUCCGCUCUUUCAGUUUGUAGACGAGCAGCGGCUGAAAAGUAUAAAAACUUUUGAAGCAUUCAUGUCCCUUCUGGAUAACUACGAGAUGUCCACAGGAGUGGCAGAAGUUGUCACCGCAGAGGAAAUCGCUGAGAACAACAAAUUCCUAGAUGCAAUCCUAGAAACCAAAGUGAUGAAGCUCACGCACGAAUAUUUGGUGAAGAAAAACCUUUCCAAACCCGGUCUGAAAGACUUCAAAUCUCAGCUGUAUGGAAUUUGGUUCCAGUUAUACAGCAGAGAACCUGGCAAAGGGCACGAUUCCUGCGGCUUUGAACACGUGUUUGUGGGAGAAUCCAAGCGUGGGAAGGAAAUCAUGGGUCUCCAUAACUGGGUCCAGUUCUACCUGCAGGAGAAGCGGCAUAACAUCGAUUACAAGGGAUUUGUGGCACGCCAGUAUAAGAACAGGCCCGAUGAAGACGAUCAGGUGUUGAAUCUUCAGUUCAGCUGGAAGGAUAUGGUGAAACCAGUGGGCAGCAGUUUUAUCGGUGUCAGCCCUGAGUUUGAGUUUGCCGUAUACACCGUGAUCUUCUUGAUGUCUCAGGAGAAAAUUACCAAAGAGAUUGUUCGAGUGGAGGAGUACGAGUUGCAGAUCAUUGUGAAUCGCCACGGACGCCAUAUUGGGACGGCCUAUCCUGUCCUGCUCAGCAGCAAUAAUCCAGAUUUAUAUUGACCAUAACUUUAUCUAAGGGGUCUAUUCACCAAACAGUGAUUUGUGGACAGCUGGCCUCUGCCUCGCAGUAUGUAGGCUACAAUCUUACGUGUGUUGACUCCCACUAAUUGCAGUUUAGUGAAUGGACACCUCUGCCGUCUAAGUCCUUCUCUUUGCCGUGCCAGUAAUUUUUAUUUACUUCAGAGGAUAAUUUAAAAUGGCAGCUGCUGUGAAUGUAUUUUUUUUGAGGGGGGUGGGGGUUUACUGAGCUAGAAGGUGGGUGCUUUAUUAUGUGCCUAAAUUCUGCAUUUCUCAAUAUGAAAUAUGAGUGAUAAAUGAUAACUCUUGUGCACCCUCCUCCUUGCUUACUUCCAGGCAAGCUCAAUGCUCUAUUGUUUGGGGAUCUCCAUUGCUCUCGCUGACCAGCUCCAUGCUAAAGGCACGAUAUGUUGUCUCUGGCUGGCUAGCUUUUUGGGAGAUACAAUCCGUAGCAGCUAGAGUUCCGUGGGUUAAAUUCAUGAAGUAGGUGCCAGCCAUUCUCUGUGGUAAAAAUAAUUGGGGUUCGGUGUUCUGACCCAUUUUUCGGAAGGUGUUUAGAACCCAAACAUUUGAACUUUGUGAAUGUCUCUGAACAUGUUGUCACGUUGGGAAAGACCCGUUUUUUGUGUUGCAGGGGAUCUCGAUUCGCCAUACAUCCCAUGGCAGAGGGUUCCCUGGGAGACACUCCACUCAUUGUGUUCAGUUCAAAACUGAGAAUUUUCAGUGCACGUAGGAAGUGGCUCUGAAGGGAACACUGUUACCUAGCUUUUCCUAACCCCCCAAAAAAUCUGAAAUGCUUGUAUUUUGGGGUGUUAUAGCUAUUAAAUGAUUGGAUAUGUUCCUUUAAGGGAUGCUUUCUUUAACAUACUCUGUAACACUCAGUGCAUGAUCCCUGUGGCGGGAAGACACGGGUAAAUUCCCAGCUUUCAUUUCAAGAACAAAGGUCAAGAAGUUCAUUUUAAGGUGGUUGUGUUUUUGUUUUGUUUUUUUUCUUCUUGCAAUUCCUCUUACGGCCACAACGUGACUGUAGAAUACAAUGUAUUUAGAUCAGGGUUGCUCAAAAGCUAGAUCUGCAAAUGUUGUAAAACUACAACUACCAUGAUCCUUUGCAUGCCUUUUAGAAUGACAAAGCAUCAUGGUAGCUGUAGUCUUUAAACAUCUGUAGAUCUAUCUUUUGGGCAGCCGUGAUCUAGUGACGGCCAAUGUUUCCUGCCAGUACCUGAUCCAUUCUAUGGUCUCCUGCUCCAUUCACUUUCUAUGCAGGUCAUGGUUGGGUAUCUCAGGCAGCAUUAACCAAGGUGCUUUGUAUUUAUCUCUUUA